AUGGCCUUAGCCAGUGCCAAUGCAAGCACCAGCGCAAAUGCCAGCGACAGCAAUUUGCCUCGAUUUGAGGCUUGCAAUCCCAAUUUAGAAAGAACAGAAAAAGACGUUAUAGCUGCUAAGCAGCUAACUUCUCUUCGCCAAGGAAUAGAAGAUAAGGACCAUGCAAUUUUAAACGAUGAUUUACAAAUCAUCACCCAAAAUUCAACAAUGUGGUCAGAUUAUCCACAAUCUCAUCAUCCGGAUGAGAUAGAAACGAUUACUAAAGAAAUCCAGGGUCCUCGCGAGACUGCAAAUUACAAUCCACAGUUACUUCGAAGAGCUGACAGCAAAAAAAGCAGAAGAGAGAGAGCACCUAAAUUUAUACAGUCUGCAGUAGAUAAUUUUGCACCAGGUGAACAAUUCGCCAGCUAUUCUGCUAGAGGCCCUAAACCUCCAUUCAAUUUUAAGCAUAUCGAUCCCACUGAAUUACAUCAAUCAACUACGUCAGCGUCGGUUGGAAAGGACGACCUGCCACAAAACAACUCAAAGCGUGAAAAUAGUAAUAGGACAUUAACGGAGAAUUCUGCUGACGUAUCGGCUAAAAAGAGCACUGCUAUGUAUCCCGGUGACAAUAAGCAGAUUCUUCAAAAUGCUAAUCAAAGUGUUACAGGCCAGGAUCAUGUGAAUGGUCAUAGCACGCGCCACCGGAUCAAAAGACCGCACGACAAUCAAAGUGACAAGACUUAUGAUGGUAAGCGUGCUAUUCGAAAAUCAAUGGAGAGCUAUCGUCGAGAUAUGAAAGAAGCCGUUGAUGUAAAAUCAUCUGAGCUUGGCGGUAUCACUACUGAUAUUAAAAAUAGAUCAACCAAUAGAUCAACGGAUAAAUCAUCCAGGAGUUAUUCUUCUACAGGUAAAAUUGACAAACAGUUCGAUCCAGUUUCUGAACAAGCAACAAUGUCACCAUCACGUGUUGAAAAUUUGACUUCAACUGGAUUAUCAUCAUCAAUGGCUGCUCCUACAUCCUUUGGAGCUAGUACUUACUCAUCUAGUCAUGUUAAUAUAUUCACUAGCGUUGGCGGGUCUGCAGUUACGCCAUCAAUACCAAUAAUGGAGCAUCCAAGCAGUUGCUUCAGAGACGAAACCAUGAGAAAUGUUGGUAUUCCUCAUGGUGCUAGUGAACGAGCCGUUGUUGAAGUAGCAGCCGGUUAUCAUGCAAUUCCUGGUCCUAUAUAUAUAACCGGUCCAUCAAUCAGUAGCUACUCUACUGGUUCUGCUUUUCCAAGUACUCUUACUACUAGUGGAGUACAAGCUUGGCCGCAUGCUGUCGACGCAUCUAUGUAUUACCCUAUACAAUUUCAGCGUCAACACCCAGUCGCAAAUAUGCCUCAAUCAAGUGCAGAAUCCCUUAGCGGGUCAGCUAUACUUAGACGUUCAGUCAAUAGUAACACCAGUACAUCUGUCAGUAAAAUAUCUACUUGUACCGUAUUAUCAAGUGAUACAAAUUCUACUUCAUCAUCUCAAGUUGCGAUUGUUACUACAUCUGCGGGUGCUAGUCUCCCAGAUCCUACUGCUAUCGCAUUAAGUGUUGUACAAUCAGCUGUGGCACCAUCUCAGAUUGAAAAUACCGGAGCCAUUCCAAAUCCCUCUUCUUGGGCUCCUAUCUUACCGGCUCCAGGUCGUUAUAGUCCAUCAGUUCUUGUCAAUACCCAGGUAGUUUGCCCUGUUUGUAAAAGAUCUUUCAAGUCAUCACGCUCGCUAAAUGGUCACAUGAGGCUUCACGGUGGUUUUGACAAGAAUCGGGUACAAAAUGAUGAUGAUUCGCGUAAAAGAAAGGCUGAAAAUUCUGUAAGGGAAAGAGAUAACUCUGGCACAAACUAUAAUACGGAUAAAUCAAAUAACGAAAUGAAAGAACUAGAUUCUGUGGAUGUUCUAGCUGUACGGCAAUUGAAUACUCGCCCUAAGAGUGCGGCUACCGAUACCAUGGCAAUAUCCAGCAAUAUAUCUGACGCUGAUGCAGAUCACAAACGUCAUAAACCCAAACCGAGACCAGCUCCUUUGGAUUUUCAUAGCAAUAUUAAUCAAAUCGAUAAUUCUGGCAGAUCAUCUAGGCUACGACUGCGAUUGGAUACAAGUUUAAGCAAUAGCGCAAACAGUGGAAGUAGUACUCCACCACCUUAUACUCCUCCUCCUAUGUUAACACCGAACCGAAAAAGCAACUACAUAUUUUCACCAACACUGCUGCAUCCUAAUUCUUCUGGUGGCGCUUCACAACUUAGACGGCGUACUAGUUCUAGUGCAGAUAGUUAUGACAGUGAGAGCUCCGAUGAUGAUGCCGAAAGACUUGUUCCUAAAAUUAAUGUAGGUGAAAGCUUUCAAGCAGAAAUUCCUAGCUAUGUUGGAGAUACAAUAGAUGUAACUGCUGAGGAAGACCAUGCAGAUCGCAUUUUUAUCUGUUCAGAUGAUCUUAAUAGAGAGGAAGAAGGUGAAAUUGAAAAUUACCUUGAGUUUGCCUGCUCAGAUGGUGUGCCUUUUGGGGGCAGAAAUAAAGAAUUUGCUUUGCAUUGCCUGUAUAAAGCUCAAGGAAACGUAAAGCGAGCUCUACGUAUGCUUUUACAAAUGGAAUCCUGGUACAAAGAAACUGAUGCCUUUUUAACCUAUCAUUAUACAGGCAGCUGCUGUUGGAGCGAAAAAGAAAAGAAAGCGUUUUAUGAAGCGUACAGAGAACAUCAGAAAGACUUUGUAGCAAUUAAUAAAGCGGAAUCGGAGCCUAGUGUUCCCAGGAGAGUGCGUAGAACAUAUCAACGUCGCUCUGUGUCCGUGUCUCCUGAUACACGAAAAACUGCUGGUGCUGCAAGCAGUGAGAAAAGUAAAAGUGAUAACAGUAGUGGCUUGUUCGUGUGUAACAUUGGUGGAUGUACAGCUUCUUUUUCGUCGAAGCAGGCUUUAAAUGGUCACAUCCGUGUCCAUGGUGGAAGACUAGUAGCAAAGUUGGUUCAGGCAAAGUCUUCAGAUUCUCAACCUAACAAGGUUAGAAGGCCAAAAUUUGCACAUCGGCGUGAGGAUAAUGCACAAGGUAACAAAAAGCAUAAAACCGGUCCCAAGAGCCAAAAAGUAAACAAAACGCAAACCAAUGGCAAUGAGCCAAUGUCUUUUAUAUGUAAAGUUUGUGGAAGGGAAUUUUCCAAACUGAAAAGCCGCAGUGCUCAUAUGAAAACUCAUAAAAGAGCUGAUGAUGAUUCUAAAUCGAAAAAAUCUAAAGAUUAA